AUUCAAUCUCUAACAUUUAUCCUUCAGAACUGAGGAACUCCUGUUCUUACUAAGUGCUUGUACACAUUCAACGUUCUUUUAAAAUCCCUGCUGGAGCAAAGUCUUUUAUCUGCUGCUAUUCCAGUGCUAAAAGUUCCUCUCACUUUGCUUUGAAAUGACCCUUGUCUGUUUAUCAGACUUCGAAGCUUACGCUAAAAAGCAUCUUCCCAAGGCUGUCUGGGAUUAUUUUGCGGCAGGUGCUGAUGAAUGUUAUACACGAGAUGAUAAUCUCAUGGCAUAUAAAAGAAUCUAUUUGCGGCCACGUGUCCUGCGGGAUAUGUCUGUAGUAGAUCCAAGGACCACUAUUCUUGGCUCAGAAAUUGACUUCCCAGUGGGGAUUGCUCCUACCGGCUUCCAUGGCUUGGCCUGUCCCGAUGGAGAGCAGAGCACAGCUAGAGCGGCAGAAGCUAUGAAUACCUGCUACAUAGCGAGCACAUAUUCCACUUGCUCUGUGGAAGAAAUUGUUGCUGCUGCACCUACUGGUUUACGAUGGUUCCAACUCUACCUCCACCGGAAGAGGACAUUCUCAGAGCAGCUGGUGCGACGGGUGGAUUCUUUGGGAUUCCAGGCCCUGGUGCUCACUGUUGACGUGCCUUACACUGGCAAGAGGCGGAAUGACAUUCGCAACCAUUACCAGUUCUUGAAUUCCAUCCAAGUGAAGAACUUUAAGGGAGCUUUUGAGGGUGAAGACCACACAGAGUAUGGUCUGCCUUCUGGAUCCAUAGACCCUUCGGUCAACUGGAAUGACAUCACCUGGUUACAAAGCCUAACCCGGCUGCCAAUCAUCAUCAAGGGGAUUCUGACAAAAGAAGAUGCUGAGCUGGCUGUGAGACAUGGCGUUCAAGGGAUUAUUGUAUCCAACCAUGGAGGAAGACAGCUGGAUGGAGUCAUUUCAACUAUUGCUGCUCUGGUUGAAGUUACUACUGCAGUGCAAGGCAAAAUCGAAGUUUACUUGGAUGGUGGAAUACGAACUGGGAAUGAUGUAUUGAAAGCAUUGGCACUUGGAGCAAAAUGCGUCUUCAUUGGAAGGCCGACUAUGUGGGGCCUAGCCUACAAGGGUAAAGAAGGACUUCAAGAAGUUUUGAAGAUUUUAAAAGAUGAAUUUUGUUUGUCAAUGGCUCUCACAGGAUGUAAAAAUGUCUCCAAAAUUGGCCGGCAUCUUGUUCAGUAUUCCAAGUUGUAAAGAAAUUUUCUGCAGCACUCACCAGACCAGAAGCACUGAUUAAAAACGAGGGAGAAAACCCAGCCACCAACCACACAUCAGAAAGUUCAUUUCAUGAGAAUUUGCAGUGCCCUGAAAUGAACAGGACCCAGCAGCUUAAUAGCUGACCUCUACUUGACUGUGAACUGGGAGAUCCCAUCCUUUUGCUUGUCUGUGUUCAUGAUUCCCAACUAGGAAACAUCCCUUAAACACUUUCAAUUCUCCUCCCUAGAUUAAGUGAGUGAAAUGCUGUAUUAUCCAGUGAUUUAUGUGUUUCACUUAGAAUAAUAGAAUCAGAAAAUCGUGGAAUCACUUACUUGGAAUGGCUCACUUAGGCCACUGAGUCCAAGUACAGCUCAAUGAUGAAAUCUAAAUUAAAGCAUCCCUGGCAGGUUUCUGUCCAGCAACCAUCUGAACAUAUUCAACAAAAAAAGAAGCAACCAACUUCCUAGAUUAGGGGUUCCUCUGUCAAACUGUCUUUUUUAUUAGACUCAUUUUUCCUUACCAGAACCUGUCUUCAGAACGUAUUAUUUGGGGUCCUGCACUUUGGGGCAGUUCUAGAUGGCACAGCUCCCCUCACUGAAUUCAAUGAUUCAGAUGAGGUUAGUAUACCAAGCCAUGAUGUGAGAGGACAAGGUGACUUAUCUGCAAGUCUGGACUGCUCCCAGAGGAAAUCAAUCCAUCAGUCAGACUUUGCCAUUCCUGAGCAAUAGAUGAUCCUAGAGAUGCAAACAACUGAAAUUGUUUGCAAAUUUCAGUAGAGUGAUUUUUCAUUUUUGAAACCAUCUUAAAGUUCUAUAUUAUGUUGCAACAAUCCAAUCUCAGGGAAGAAAACUAACAUCACAAACCCUGCAGCUUAAAAACUCCAAAACAAGAAAAAUGCAGUCCCCAACAAUAAAGAGAUUGCUUAACCCUGCAGCAAAAUAUGCCUCUUAUUUUUAUCUCUGUGGAUUAAGGGAGGCUGACCACAAAAAUGGCUUCACAAAGUCCCAAGAUGCUGAAUUUUUGCUUGUAAUCACAAAUUCAUCAAAGUGUAUAUCACUCUCUGGAAUAAAGGCCAAAACACAAACUUC